AUGGAGCUUAGUGUGGAAAAAUGUCCCAAUCAGUACGAUACAUACGAGUUUACCGUUGGUGACCUCUAUCGGCAAAUUGCCGAAAAGGACCUCAACGAAACGGAGGAAAUUCGUCAGCAGUCGUUGGCGCAAAUGCGCGAAUGGAUUGCGAAGCAUCCGUAUAUUAGCAAAUGUCGCACGGAUUCGUUAUUUCUAUUGCGCUUCCUCCGAAUGAGGAAGUUUUCUAUUCCGAAAACGCAAGAAACCCUGGAACGUUAUCUAGCAAUGAGACAAGCUUUCCCGCAUUGGUUUCAGAAAUUGGACCCUAUGGAUGCGGACAUGCAGCAGCUGCUUGAAGAUAAUCAGUUCCAAAUUUUGGGUCAGGAUUCCAAGGGUCGUACUGUAAUUUUGAUGAAAACAAAGUGUUUUAAUGCAGACAAGUUUACUUCCGAACAUCAGUCGCGGCACGUCCAGCUCCUAUUGGAAACGUUAUUUGACGAUGAACAAACUCAGAUCGGAGGAUUCGUGGUCAUUUUGGAUUACAUGGAUAUGACAAUGCGUCAGUUGGCGGUUUGGUCUUUGAUGGACGUUAAGAAUUUUAUCAGUUGUGUCAACCAUUCGUUGCCGAUAAGGUUGCGCGAGGUGCAUGCGAUAAGGUUGCCCAAGUUUGCCGUUACCAUAGCUGAGUUAGCAAUGUCCUGCCUGAGUCAAAAGCUGCGAGAACGAGUAUUCUGCCACAAAACCUUGGCUGAGGCGAAAAAACAUCUACAAGAAUCCCUACUACCCACCGACUACGAAGGUGGAACCCAAGAUCCUCAGGAGCUGAAACAAAAAUUCAUCAAUCGUGCCCGCGGCAUGCGCAAUCAGCUGUUGCAGUUGGAUCAGUUGGAAAUUGAUGCCACGCGCUACAAAUCUCUUUGGCAGCAAAGUUCCGACAUCAGCAUCGAUUCCGGAGUGGCCGGCAGCUUCAGACAGUUGGGUGUAGAUUAG